AUCCUGUUUGCAUCCACAGCUGCACUAACAGGAAUCCCCAUAUGCAUGCGUCCCAUCCACAGUCCACAUUCCACGCUGAAGCUGCCAGAGGGGCGUGCACGUCGAGCGUCUGUCUUUUCACAGCAUCAGGGACACUGUUCGCCCACUGAGAGAGAUUCACCAUGGCCUCAGCACUGAAUUGCAAACCUUUCGUGUUGUGUUUUAUUUAUUUAUCGUUACUGUUUGCAAGCGUGUUUUGCGACGCCGAUGCAGAAGAUGAGCAUGCCAAGCACUCGUACACGGUGGAGAUGUUCAACGAGGCGGUGCCCACUGCACCCCACUUUGUCAUGUUUUACGCCCCAUGGUGUGGCCAUUGUCAGAGGUUACAGCCUGCAUGGAAUAAGCUGGCAGACAAAUACAACAGCAUGGACGAGCCCCCGGUGUAUGUGGUAAAAGUAGACUGCGUCAAGGAUACCAAGUUCUGCUCCAGUGUCCAUGGGGUUAGGGGUUACCCCACGUUGAAGUUGUUUAAGCCAGAACAGGAGGCAAUUAAAUACCAGGGGCCCAGAGAUCUACAGUCUCUGGAGACCUGGAUGUUGAAGACACUCCAGGAGGAGCCUUCGGAACCAGAGACUGAACUGGAGCCUCCUAAAGCCCCAGAGCCCAAACAGGGCAUGUAUGAAGUCACUGCUCUCAACUUUAAGACCCACAUAGCCAAAGGUGCGCACUUUGUUAAGUUCUUCGCUCCAUGGUGCGGUCACUGCAAAGCCAUGGCCCCAACCUGGGAGCAGCUGGCCACCACCUUUGAGCACUCUGAUGACGUCAAGAUCGGAAAGGUGGACUGCACGCAGCACUAUGAGGUGUGCUCUGAGAACGGCGUACGCGGAUAUCCCACACUGCUUUUCUUCUACAACGGACAGAAGACAGACCAGUACAAAGGAAAAAGAGACUUGGACUCUUUCAAAGACUUCGUGGACAACCAGCUGAAGGCCGCCGCCGUAGUCGAAGAGCAAGAACAAGAACCAAGCGAGGAAGAAAAAGCAAAUGAGAUCCCCACUGAUGAGCCGGCCAAAGAGGAGGAGGUAAAGUCCGGCGUGUUGACCCUAACAGAGAGCAACUUUGACGAGACCGUGGCCAAGGGCUUCACCUUCAUCAAAUUCUACGCUCCAUGGUGUGGCCACUGUAAGAACCUCGCUCCAACAUGGGAGGAUCUCUCCAAGAAGGAGUUUUCUGGCCUCACUGAUGUCAAGAUAGCCAAAGUGGACUGCACUGUGGAGCGCACACUCUGCAACAAGUACUCUGUCCGAGGUUACCCCACCUUGAUCAUCUUCAGGGCAGGGGUGCAGGGUGACGAGCAUCAUGGUGGGCGGGACCUGGAGAGCCUGUACAACUUCGUGAUGAGGCAGGCGAGAGACGAGCUGUAGAAACGGUCUGCACUCAACUCUCCACCACUCUGCUCGCCCACACUGCAUACCUGGCCAGUAGGACACCACUCUCUCUCCUACAGUGGCCAAACCUCCCUCUAUCUCUCUCUCUCUCUCUCUCCACUCGGGUUCUCUUCAGAAAGGAGUCAGCCCAUGACAGACCGAUGAAGUCUGUUCUCUCUCUCCAGUGUUCUAGGAGUGUUUUGGAUGUGAAUGUAUUCCUCAUUGCUGUUGCCCAACCUUAAAUCUUAAACUAUCAAAUUGGUUGGGUCUACAAAUGAAGUAAUAUGUUUGACAACCACUUUGCAAGCACUGCUCAGUCAAUCAAAACCAGAAUUCCUCGCACAAAUUAAAGCUGUUGUUGAUUAAAAGGGUAGCACUGAAGGACAGUCCCGGUUUCUGCCUGUUGGAAAAAUAGUUUCAAUUCACUUGUUUCUAAUGAACUAUGUAACCAUUUGACUUUUUUGUAAGUGCUAAAUUUUAUACAUGGGAUCUGUUGUUAAAUCACAAGCCAUUAAUGUUACGGUACUGUCAUUCAGAAGUUUUUAAAGGUUGUGUUGCCCAAAUGUGAAGUGGAGUGUUAAGUUGAGGGUACUUUCUAUCCAUGCCAGUGGCGGCCUAUCUGACUUAACUCUCAGGGAAACGCCCACGCAGGCUAGAAGAAGCUGUGAUGGAGGCAUCGUUGUUAGCACAGGAGUCUGAUAAUGGCACACGGGACCUGAUUAUUUCCUGUUAAUAAUGAUGAAUUAAUUAGGCUAAACAUCUCAGUUGUGCAUUUUCUGACUCCCUUGCUCUCAAUCAGCCAUCCCUCUCUGCUCCUCCUAGCAUUCAGGGUCUGGACCAUGUUGCCCCAUCACUGAACAUCUUUAGAGUUACUACUGCUUCAGUUUCAUUGCUUCCUGUUUGUUCAGAACCACCCAUCAGAUGCAGCACAUUCACUACAGCUUGGUGUGAAAGCUUUCUAUAAAACUGGCUCUUUAUCCUCAAACAUAGUACGAAACGUGUGAAUGUAUAGCUUUUGUGCUAUCUCUCAGGCCUGGAUCAUGUUCAGAGGAUUUGGGAACCUUUAAGUGGAGUAGGAGAGGACACCUGGAGCCAGUGUUGAGGGUAAAACAUGCAUGAAAUCGAGCUCUACUCUCUGGAGCUGUUCUCUGGAUCAUCUUUUGGAGGAAAGAUUAGGUUUUAUCAGAGCUUUUCUAAGCUUCCCUGCGUGGUUGGACGUGUUCGUCAUAAUACUUGUGAGAUUGGAACUAAGAUGAGCAUCACACCACUUCUCUGACUACUACAGUGGAAAACCAUGCUGUGAAGUGAACAUCUUUAGGCACCAGAAACCAUGGACCGAAUAGAUGGGUGUAGUUGUUACAUGGGUAGUGGGGUGAUGUGGUUGUAACUUGCAGCUACACCAGCUGCUGGUGUCUGAGUCUCAUUAACCAGUAACUGAUCGGGAAAAAGUAGCCUCAUUUACCAAAUAAACCAUCAUUUGUCUUUUUUUCAUUUCCAACUUUGAUGAUAAACACUGGUGACAAUUAUUCAGUCUUUGUUAGUCUGCUGUAUCACAAACCAUCAAAUCCACCAGUCACAGGCCAAGAAACCUUCACCUUUCACCGACCUUGUUCUAGUGGUAUUUGCAGUUUUGGUAAUAAAAGUUGGUCUUUUCAGCGCACUUUUCUGUGAGUCUACUCACCUGUCAGGCCAUGCUCCUAACACUGCAAAUGCUCUUUGACCCAGGUGAUGUGAAAAGUAUGUGCUGCAUGAUGCAGGGCACCGUUUAUUGUCAACCCAGGUACAAAAGCAGUCACAGACACAGCAGUUUUUUCUCAGUAAAAGUUUUUAUGGAUAGCACAUGGUCUAAGGAACUCCAGUGACAGAAGUAUUUUUUCCUUGUGAGUCAUGGGUUGUGACUACCCAUGGGUUUUGUACAAAAAAAGAGUGAAUAAUGGCAAGUUGUAACAUGAGAUUUCAUAAUAAAAUUUUUUUCAAAAA